AUGGUCCUCUUUUUCAUUCUUCUUCUUGUGUUUCCGCAUAUGGAUAAAGCCCUUAGCACACAUAUGGAGCUCCGCAAACUUAGUGGCGCUGGUGCAGAAGAGACAAACCAUCCUGAUCAAGUGACUGUCCAAAGGCAAAUGCGCUAUUUUAUUGGUCGUCCGCUGACUCCGUGCACGUUCUACACCCGAUGUAAGCGUUCAGACCCAGCUCCACAACCUCCUCCGCCGCGGAAAAGAGGUCACUGA